AUGAACGGUCAUUUUCCGAAAUUACACCGGCUCGGACGUCGCCCGGGUGAACAAGGUCCGUGUCCUCUGUCGUGGGACCAGGACAGAGUCGAAAAGUUGGCUACUGGAACAACCAUUUCGUUACAAACAAUAACUACUCAAAAAACAACAACAACAGCACCAACAUCAACAUCAACUAGAACAACAUCGAUACCAACAACAGCACAUAAUCCAAUCUCCAACAAACUAAAACUAGCAAAGAAUGUGUUUACGAUCGGUACAUGGAAUGUACGAACACUGUGGGCAAGUGGCAAACUGGAAUUGUUAAGAAAUGAAAUGAAAAGAUACAGAUACGAUAUUGUUGGCAUCGCAGAAGUGCGGUGGACAGAUAAAGGUGAAACAGCAAAUGGUGAUUUCAUCUGGUCAGGUGAAAGUAGUGCGCAUAUGAGAGGCGUUGGUAUGUUACUUAGUACACGAGCUCGAAAAGCGCUAAUAGGCUACAAUCCAAUAAAUUCAAGACUAAUCACAGCAAGAUUCAUGGCAAUACCAUUCAACAUAACAGUAAUCAAUGUAUACGCUCCAACAUCUGAAGCAUCAAAUGAUGAUAUCGAAACAUUCUAUGACGACCUAGAAGAUGCAAUAUCAAAAACUCCGAAGAAGGAUAUACUUAUUACAACGGGUGAUUGGAAUGCAAAGGUAGGCGAUGACAAUGCAGGCUGGGAACAUGCAAUGGGUAAACAUGGUUAUGGAAAACGAAAUGAACGUGGUGAACAAUUAUUGGAAUUCGCAACAUCACAUAACUUAUUCAUUUGCAACACAGCAUUUCAACAAAAACCANAAACGUGUUUUUUUGGACAGUAA